AUGUCCGUAGUUCCAGAACCCGCUUCUACUGUUCCCGAUGCUACAGCUGAAAAAAGUGUGCCAUUAGUGGCAACGACAAGCGACAAUAAUCCCGGUUCUUUCGAGGAAUUGCACCGUAAAUGUCGUGAAGUAUUUCCAAUGUGUUUUGAGGGUGCGAAGGUUAUGGUGCAAAAAGGAUUGUCAUCACAUUUUCAGGUGUCACAUACAUUAAGUAUAUCGCCUAUGAACACGGGUUACCGUUUUGGGGCAACAUAUGUGGGAACAAAUAUGUUAACUCCAACGGACGCAUUUCCUGUUAUACUUGGGGAUACGGACACUGCUGGAAAUACUUCGGCAACUUUUGUACAUCAGUGGGGGAAAUUUAGAGUGAAACUUCAAAGUCAAAUUCAAAAUAGCAAAUUUUCUGCCGCUCAAGGUACUUUUGAAUAUCGUGGUCGCCUUUCAACAUUAGGUUUAACAUUGGCAAAUAUUGACGUCAUCAGCGAAAGCGGCAUAAUAGUUGGACAACUUCUUCGGCGAUUGACGCCAUCUGUUGAUUUAGGCGCUGAGCUGGUGUACCAGUAUGGAAAGCAGGUGCCCGGCCAACAGAUUUCUGUGCUUACGUACGCUGCCAGAUAUAAUGGGAAAGACUUUACGGCUUCUGGAACCAUUGGAAAAUCUGGCUUUCAUUUAUGUUAUUAUCAUAAACAGGUUGAUAACCUUUCUUUUGGUGUUGAGUUUGAAAGCAAUUUUCGAGCAAGGGAGGCUUUAACGACGUUUGCUUACCAAGCGGAGUUACCAGACGAAGGGGUUACGAUGCGAGCUUCUGUUGACACUAAUUGGACGGUAACUGGUGUUUUUGAAAAGAAGUUAAGUCCCAGCUUGCCGUUUACUUUAGUUCUUUCCGGUAUGCUCAACCAUGUAAAAGCGCAGGGCAAAUUCGGUAUUGGUCUGAUUAUUGGAUAA